AUGGCCCUAUUAACAAAAGCAGAGAAUGCACUACAGCGAUUGGUACUGGAUUCGUUCAAAGUGGAUGAAACGGUGAUUGAGCAGAGGAAACGACGAGCCGUCCGCCUGCAGUGCGAUUUACGCUCCUGGAUUGAUGCAGCAAAAUGUGUGUUUCUCGGAAGGGACAAAAUCCUUGAUAGUUGUUUAUUUUUGCAGUGCAUGAGUGAAGAUAAGACAGCACUACUGGAACAGUUUGAAGCUCUGCACGAGCAGCUGAUGAAUUCGCUUACUGAAAUGGAGAAAAUCAGGGAUAUUGAGGUUUGA